CUGUGUGGAGAGUGAAGAUGGCCUCGGCAGAACCGACCCGCGGAGGCGAACCGGGCGUGGGGGGCGAUUUCUGGGCUCAGCUCGGCCCGGUGGUCAGGAGGGACCCGGCGCUGAAGCUGCUGAGCCCCGUGAGCGGCCUGGAGCCGCUGACCUGGUCGGAUGACCACCGGCUUGCAGCGUCCACCAGCAGCAGCGUGUCGCUCAUGGAGCUGGUGCCGGACCUGCAGAGCGCCGGGCCGGACUUGGUGCUGCACCGAACCCACAUCCCCCUUCACCAGUCCGCCUACGAGCUCCAGGUGGGUCCAGAGGAUAAAGUGCGGAAAGCAAAAGAAAAGCUUGAAAAGUCUGACGAUGCAGCUGUAAGGCAGGUCUUUAUGAUGGACAGGAUCAUGAAUCCCCAAGCUGGGCCUUUGCAAGGUGUAAAGUAUACAAGCUGGUCACCCCUUGGCUGUGAUGUGAACGGCCGCUGCCUUCUGGCCUGCCUGACGCUGGACUGUCGCCUCACCAUUCACAGCAGCCACAAACGUUUACAGUGGACACAGCUCCUGGACCUCACUGAGCUAUAUGGGGAGAUGCUAAAGUCCAGGAACUACUCUGUGCAGAAUGAAGAUGUUCCUCAGCCCUCUCUGGACGACCCUGGUGAGCUGCAGAGGAGGUACCGCAUGCAGACACCUGUGCGCAUGGAGUGGUCCAGUUUGUGCAACACGCAGCAGGUUCAGAGCAAUAAUGAAUGUAAAGACAUUGGAACAGUUCUUCUGGCAGUGCUGAUGGAGAACGGGGACCUGGUAGUAUGGCAGUUUCGCCUGCCCAUGCAGGGGAAGGGUUCCGUCGUUUCCUGCAACACAAUCAAAUCUGGCGUGUCCUCGCCGAGUGUUCUGGCUUGGUGGGAGUACGAGCACGGGGGCCGCAAGAUGAGCGGCCUAAUCGUGGGCAGCUCCAUAGGCCCGGUGAAAAUCCUGCCUGUCAACCUGAAGGCCGUGAAAGGCUACUUUACCCUAAGGCAGCCUGUGGUGCUGUGGCAGGAGACGGACCAGAUCCCUGUCCACAACAUCAAGUGCAUUUCACUCUACCAUCCGCACCAGAAGUGUAACUGCAGUCUGGUGGUGGCAGCACGAGGCUCUUAUGUGUUCUGGUGUCUUCUGCUCAUCUCCAAAGCUGGUCUGAACGUUCACAAUUCACACGUGACUGGACUCCACUCCAUGCCCAUCAUGUCUAUGAGCACUAGCCGGAAUGGGGGUUCCAUCUUCACCUGCUCCAUGGAUGGGACGGUAAAGAAGCUUACUCCGGUCUUCACCGAUGUGGCCGUUGUGUUCAAGCAGCAGGAGAUAGCCCUGCCUGAAGGAGUGGCGGGCCGGCGGAUCCACGGCAUCUCUGUCAGCCCUAAUGGAGCCUACCUGGCACUGGCCUCCACUGAGGGCUUGACUAACGGCUUGCACCCGGUCUCUCGAAGCUACCAGGUGCAGUUUAUCACGCUGAAGACUCCGGAUGAGGCUGCAGCUGAGCUCCUGGAGUCACAGCAGCAGAGCCUCUACAGGCAGACAGACCUGCUGGACCUGGUUCGGUGGCGGGUGCUGAAAGACAAACGCAUCCCGCCCUUCCUCCAGGAUGAAAUAGACGACAAAGUGCACACCUCAGGCUGCACCUACCUGUGGCGCUUCAAGCUCUUUCUUCUCCGCAUCCUCUACCAGUCCAUGCAGAAGGCACCAGUGGAGGCACGUUGGAAACCCUCGCACCAGGACAGUAAGGUUUUUCUGGGUGAUGAGGAGGUGGGUGGAGACGAGGGCGAGCAGGGGGAAGGGAGCCAGGUAGCCGAGGCCUCCGGCCUGGAGGAGUCCAAACAGAAGGAAGCUGAGGGAGAGUUCAGCGAAGAGCAGAUAAAUGAGAUCACGGCAUGGAUCGAAGAGGUAGAGUCCCACCUAACACGUGAGCACAUGAAGAGAGUGCUGGGAGAGGUAUACCUCCACACGCUUAUUACUGAGAAUACCUGCAUCCCCACCAAAGGGCUCUGUGACUUCCUCUCAAAUGACCCCACCAAUGAAGACAGAGCAGCCAAGGUCCUGAUUGGUCACAUAAUGAAGAAGAUGAACAAGCAGACGUUUCCAGAGCACUGCAGCUUGUGUAAAGAGAUCUUGCCCUUUACUGACCGCAAGCAGGCUGUGUGCAGUAAUGGACAUAUGUGGCUCAGGUGUGUGCGGUCCUAUCAGGUCUGUCAGAAUGUGACUUAUCGACGCUGUCUGCUACAGGACAGCAUAGCUUCAGUGCCACAGCCUGAGGAUCCAGACUGGGUAAAGAAGAUCUUACAAGGACCGUGUACGUUUUGUGACUCUCCGCUUCUCUGACACACCUAAGGUCACCACCACACUGCCCAAGGCUGCUGACAUGCACCGCAUCCCUAAUGGAUGCUACAUAAACUAAGGAGGACUGUUUCUUCUUUUUUUUUAUUUUUAUACCAGAUAAGCCAGUAUAAUGAACGUAAUCUGAAAUUACC